AUGGAUUUUCCAAAGUAUGAUGGAAAUGUUAAUCCAAAUGAAUGGAUAAACGAUAUUCAAAAAUAUUUGAGACUUAAGAAUAUUAGUAAUAAAUAUAAUGAACAUUUAGAGAUUGCUAUAUUAUUAAUAGAUUCUUCAAUAUCACUUCCACCAGGAAUCGAUAGUUUUGGUAAACUACGUAAAGCACUUAGAGAAGAUAUUUCUUUUACAAUAUUUAAGAAUACCAAUAAAAGAAAGUUACAAUCAUUAAAAUAUAUACCUGAAAGUAGUUCUGGCGAUACUUCAAAAUUCAUUUCUACUUUUCGUAAAUUAUGUUAUAAUGCAGAAAUUAAUGAUAUAGAAGAACAAAAGAAAUAUCUUAAUAAAUCACUUCCAAUGAAUGAAUAUUUUUCAGAAGAAUUUUAUGAAAGAGUGAAAUAUGUAAAUUCAACUAAUGAAUUAAUUGGAGAAUUUGAAAAUAUUGUUGCAGAAGAAUCAAUAAUGAUUAAAAGUGAAUCUAUUGUAGCAUUAAAACAUGUUUCUACAGGAAAUUAUUUAAGUUCAAUUAAUGAUUUACGUUAUACAACUGGAAGCACAAGUCAAUUGACUUUUGCAGGAAGUCCAGUACCUAAUCCAAAUUCAUUAUGGAAAAUUAAAUUUGACAAAGAAUUAGCCUCUUAUGCUGAUACUCCUAUAAAGUUACAACACGUCAAAUCCAAUAAAUUUCUUGGAAUAUAUUAUUAUGAAUAUGAUAAUAAUGGUAGAUAUGUUGAUGAUUAUCAUUUAUCUCCCUCAACAAAUCAUACAGAAGUGAGUUGUAAUAAUCCUAAGGAUGAUAAAUAUUGGUUUGAGGAUUGGAAAUUAUAUCAUAGUAAAUUAGAACAAGGUUAUUUAAUGUCAAAUGAUAUUAUUAAUCUUAGCGUUAAAAAAUCUACUCAAAGUAGUUUAGUUGAAUUCCUACGUAGUCGUGAUGUUCAAUUUACUAUUGGAGAUGAUACUUUUCAAGAAGUUAUUUGCCAUAAUGAAAGAUUAGGAAAUGAUGAUGACUGGUGUAUUGAACUUAUUAAACAACAUGUUUGGACUGUAGAUAUGUGA